AUGGUUCUAAAGCUGAUACUAGCCUUGCUAUUCCAUUUUACUAUAGCAAGUGAAAAUAUAAGUGAUCUAUAUGAAAAAAAAGAAUACGAAUUAGUAUAUAAUGAGCUAAUUAGCUGUGGGUUCAAAGAAUCUUGGUGUGUUCAAAUACUUGGUGAUAUGUACUUUAUGGGACAUUAUGUGGAACAAAAUAUUGCGCAUGCUAUAGCUUUAUGGAAAGUAUCUGCAGAUUUAGGUAGUGCUGAUGGACAGUUUAACUUAGGUUUAGCAUAUCUCUUGUAUCCUUUAAUGCCUUCUUUAGAGUGCAAGUUCUCUAAUUUUGAACAAGAAUAUAAUUUUGAAACUCAGACAACAAAUACUCAGUUUACAGAUUCUAUACCUUGUGAAAUAUACCCAUAUUCAAGUAGUGAAGCUCCUGAAGUGUUAAAAAGGUAUUUAUUUAUUUUAAAAAAUAAGAAAUUAAAAAAAAAUAAUAUAACUUCUUCUUCUCAGCUAUCAAAUUUAUAUAUGUAUAGUUCAUCUUUGGCAGGUCAUCCAGGGGCACAAUUAGCAAUGGGAUAUAGACAUGAAUAUGGAUAUGGAACUUAUAAGUCUUGUAAUGCAGCAUCACUAAAUUAUUUAGAAGUGGCAAGAAGUUCAAUUUCUAUUCAUACAGAUGGUUUACCACCGAUAACAGAGUUAAUAAGAUUGACUAUUCCUCAAUGGGAAUCUAUAAGGUUUACAAGUAUAGGCACAAAUCAGAACCGUGAGGAUCUAGCUGUACAUUUGGCAGAGAAAGGUAAUCCUGCUAUACAAACUGCUUUGGCUAAACGAUAUCUAUUAGGUGUUGAUGGGUUUUCUCAAAAUGUGGAAAUGGCCUAUAAAUUUUUACGAAAAGUAGUUGAAACAGCUCAAAGUAAAGUUAAUGUAGCUAUUGAUCCAGUAACAGCCUCAAUUUAUGGUGAAGCACUGAGUCUACUUGGGUAUAUUUAUGCCUUAGGAUUGGGUAUUAAUAGAGAUCUGAACAUAGCAGCAGAAUAUUUUUCAGCUUCUGCCUUCUUAUAUGAAGAUCCUGGAGGUCAUAAUGGAAUGGGUUAUAUUUAUUUGCAUGGAACUGAUUCAUAUGGUAAGAAUCCUAGAUUAGCUUUUCAUCACUUUAAUGAAAGUGCUCAUCACUUGUUUGCGGAUGCUCAGUUUAACUUAGCUUCUAUGUAUCUUACUGGAAUUGGGACUACUCAAUCUUAUACAAGUGCCCUAAUUUGGUAUAGUAGAGCUUUAGAACAAGGUCAUGUACCUGCAGCCUAUGCUCUUGCACAGUUACACUUGAAUGGAAUUGGGACUAUAAAAGAUUGUAAUUUGGCUAUUGACUUUUUAAGGAUUGUGUUGAAUAAAUCUCCAUGGAUUACUAAUCUUGUUGAAUUUACAAACAAAUUACUAGAUUCAAAAGAUCGAAGUGAUAUCAAUAUGCUUAUUUUUUCAUUAAUGAAAUUGUCAGUGGCAGGGCAUGAUUCUUCAAUAGCUAAUUUAGCUUUACUCCUACACAAUGAUAUAUCUAGACAAUAUUAUUGGGGAACUGACCUUUGGCCAUUUACUGAAUAUAUUUAUUCAAAAAAUAGUACUUUGAAUGAUACUAAAGUAAUGAAUACAGCUGGAAUUUCAAGCUUUAUUCAAUCAAGUAUAUUUAAAUUUUUCAUGGGGACAUCACAACAAAACUUUCAUUCUUCUUCAUGGUAUUUUCCACAGUUGUUUUUGGAGUUUUCUAUAGAUAAAGAUAAUAUUGCUUCAGUAGUUCGCUAUGGCGAUUAUGCAUACUUUGGUAGAGGUAUAACAACAAUAUUUGAUGAAUAUGAUUCAAAUGAUCAAAGUAUUACACGUGGAUGGAUAAGAAAUAUUACUAUUCGUGCUAAAGUAAAUACUAUCCCAAACUAUAAAAAAGCUUCAUAUAUAUAUAGAAUAUCAGCAAAUACUAUACCACGUUCAAGAUGGAUGCUUUCUCAUAUAUCUGAAGCUAACUUUAAUCUUGGCUACAUGUAUCAAUUUGGAAUAGGUUUGAAACAAGAUUUUUUGAUGGCAUCUUCUUUUUAUAAAAAAAUGGAGGCUACUAGGAACAUUGGAAAGAUAGGUAUUCCUCUUAAGAAUACAUUGAUAUUCUUUAUAAAGAUACAUGAAUUUACUCAGUCAUAUGACAAAACACUAUAUUUCUUGUGUGAAGAUCCAAGUAUUCGGCGUAUUUUUUUAUUAUCAGUAACACUAGCUUUAGCAAUAAUAUUUAGAUUUGCAUUACACAAAUCAACGACUUAUUCAUCUACUUAA